CUCUCAGACGGGCGGCGGCGGCGGCGGCGGCCAGCUGCACACCGAAAGGUCACCCACUGCCCAGGCGAGCUGCAGCACGACCGCUCCCCGCGGGCGGGCAGGGUCCGCGCCGCCGCGCUCCGGCCAGGGCUGCCGCGAGAGGCGGCGGCUGCGGCCCCUGCCCCGGCUCCGGCCGGCCCGCGGCGCCCUCCGGCCGCGCCCCCGCGCGCAGCUCGCGGCCCCGGCCAUGGGGCUGCGCGGGCUCGGGGCUCCGGCGAGCUGAGGCGGCGGCGCCGGCCCGCGCGCCCCUUGGGGCCGCCCCCGCAUCCCGCUCGCCGGCGUCUGGCGCUCAUGAUGAUGAAGAAGAAGAAGUUUAAGUUUAAGGUGGACUUCGAGCUGGAAGAGCUCUCCUCGGUGCCCUUCGUCAAUGGGGUCCUCUUCUGUAAGAUGCGGCUGCUGGACGGCGGCAGCUUCACCGCAGAGUCCCCCAGGGAAGUGGUACAAGCAAACUGUGUUCACUGGAGGAAGAAGUUCUCGUUUAUGUGCAAAAUGAGUGCAAGUGCCGCGACCGGCAUCCUGGAUCCUUGUAUCUACAGAGUAUCUGUGAGGAAGGAAUUGAAAGGUGGAAAAGCUUAUGCAAAGCUGGGCUUUGCAGAUCUAAACCUGGCAGAGUUUGCUGGAUCAGGAAAUACCACUCGUCGCUGUUUACUGGAAGGCUAUGAUACCAAAAAUACAAGACAGGAUAAUUCCAUUCUUAAAGUUUUGAUCAGUAUGCAGCUGAUGUCUGGUGACCCGUGUUUUAAAACGCCUCCUUCUACAUCGAUGUCUAUACCAAUUGCUGGUGAAUCUGAAUCUCUGGAAGAAGACAGAAAAGGUGGAGAGACUCUCAAAAUCCAUCUCGGAAUAGCAGAUCUUUCAGCAAAGAGUGCCUCUGUUCCAGAUGAACUUGGUGCCUGUGGACAUUCUAGAACAUCAAGCUAUGCAAGCCAGCAGUCAAAAGUAUCAGGGUAUAGCUCCUGCCACUCCCGGUCAUCCAGUUUCUCGGAGCUCUGCCACAGGAGAAACACCUCAGUGGGAAGCACGUCAACAGGCAUCGAAAGCAUUCUAGAGCCCUGUGAUGAAAUUGAGCCAAAAACAGCCGAACCAAACCUUGAUCUAGUCGGCAAAGAAGAUACGGCUUCAGACCUGCUCACAAGAUGCCCAGUGAAGCAAGAUUCUGUAGAAUCUCAACUGAAGCGAGUAGAUGACACCAGAGUGGAUGCGGAUGAUAUUGUGGAGAAAAUACUUCAGAGUCAAGACUUCAGCCUAGAUUCCAGUGCGGAAGAAGAAGGCCUGAGGUUAUUUGUGGGACCUGGGGGAAGUACAACCUUUGGCAGCCAUCAUCUUCCAAACAGAGUCGGGUCUGGAGCUUAUGAGCAAGUCGUGAUCAAACGCUAG